CUUCUUCUUCUUCCUCCUCCUCCUUUAUCAUCUCUCUAAUUUCUUCAUUAUAUACUCUUUCAUCUUUCCCUCUCUCUCUCCAAUUUCUCCCCCGGAUUCUCUCCGAUUUCUUCCCAUUCCCCUUCCUACACCCCCUCACUUUCCAUGGCCGACGAAGCCAAAGCAAAGGGUAAUGCGGCCUUCUCCGCCGGCGACUUCUCCACUGCCAUCCGUCAUUUUUCUGAUGCCAUCCAACUUGCUCCUUCCAAUCACGUUCUCUAUUCAAAUCGAUCUGCGGCUUAUGCUUCUCUCCAUCAAUAUUCCGACGCUUUGGUUGAUGCUCAGAAGACCGUGGAGUUGAAGCCGGAUUGGCCUAAGGGUUACAGUCGCCUAGGUGCUGCUCAUAUUGGUCUUGGUGAACAUGAGGCCGCUGUAUCUGCUUAUAAGAAAGGGCUUGAGAUUGAUCCUAGUAAUGAAGCUUUGAAAUCUGGAUUGGCUGAUGCUCAGUCUGCGGCUUCCAGGUCGCGUUCCGUGCCUCCGCCGAAUCCGUUUGGGAAUGUUUUUUCUGGACCUGAGAUGUGGGCUAAACUGACUGCUGAUCCGACUACUAGGGCGUUUUUGCAACAGCCGGAUUUUUUGAAUAUAAUGCAGGAUAUUCAGAGAAACCCUAACAGUAUUAAUAUGUAUUUGAAGGAUCAGAGAGUGAUGGCGGCGUUAGGGGUUUUGUUGAACUUGAAGUUGCAUAAUCCUGCUGAGGGGGAAGCCGAUGUUCCUGAGAGCUCCUCUCCUUCUGCGGAACGGAAAAGAGCUGCUGAGGCUGAGCCGGUGAAGGAGCCGGAACCAGAACCAGAGCCAGAGCCUAUGGAAGUGGCGGAGGAGGAGAAGGAGGCUAAGGAGAGGAAGCUGCAGGCACAGAAAGAGAAGGAGGCAGGCAAUGCGGCGUACAAGAAAAAGGAUUUCGAGAAGGCAAUAAGUCAUUACACGAAGGCGUUGGAGUUAGACGAUGAGGACAUUUCUUUCCUAACAAAUCGAGCUGCUGUCUAUUUGGAGAUGGGAAAGUACGAGGAUUGUAUCAAGGAUUGUGAUAAGGCUGUUGAGAGAGGAAGGGAACUCAGGUCAGACUUUAAGAUGAUUGCAAGGGCUUUGACCAGGAAAGGAACUGCAUAUGUGAAAUUGGCAAAAUCUUCACAGGAUUAUGAUAUUGCUAUUGAAACUUUCCAAAAGGCUCUUACUGAGCAUAGAAAUCCUGACACCCUGAAGAAACUUAAUGAUGCUGAGAAAGCAAAGAAGGACUUGGAGCAACAGGAAUAUUUUGAUCCUAAACUAGCUGAUGAGGAACGGGAAAAAGGUAAUGAGUAUUUUAAGCAACAACAAUAUCCUGAGGCCGUGAAACAUUACUCAGAAUCCUUAAGAAGAAACCCCAAUGACGUAAAGGCAUACAGCAACCGUGCAGCUUGCUAUACUAAGUUAGGGGCAUUGCCUGAAGGAUUGAAAGAUGCAGAGAAGUGCAUUGAGCUUGAUCCUACGUUUGUGAAGGGUUAUACAAGGAAGGGUGCAAUUCAAUUUUUCAUGAAAGAAUACGAAAAGGCUAUGGAAACUUACCAGGAGGGAUUGAAACAUGACCCCAAAAACCAAGAAUUGCUGGAUGGUAUUAGAAGAUGCGUAGAACAGGUUAACAAGGCAAGCCGUGGGGACUUGACCCCUGAAGAAUUGAAGGAAAGACAGGCCAAGGCAAUGCAGGACCCAGAAAUCCAGAACAUUCUCACAGAUCCUGUAAUGAGACAGGUAUUGAUUGAUUUUCAGGAAAAUCCAAAGGCAGCUCAAGAACACACCAAAAACCCAAUGGUGAUGAACAAAAUUCAGAAGCUGAUUAGCGCAGGAAUUGUCCAAAUGAGAUGAACAAAGCAAAGCAAGAACCCCAAUUACUAUCACAGACGGUUAGAAAGAUUUGUUAAAAUUUUCAAGUGAAGUUUGGAGUGUGUGUAUCGUUUUGAAUUAUUGAAAUAGACGGGUCUUUAAGUUGAAAUAAUUCUCUCAUUUCCUUUGCAUAUUAUUUUUGGUUUUAUCAAUAGUUUUGAUCUUUAGUUUCCUUUCGCAUUCGCGUGCACAGUAGUACAUUUGAAGUUUCAUUGUUUAAAUCAUGAAUUUUAACUAUUGGUUGUAGCUCAUGUGAAAUGGUGUAUCAUGUUAACUAAAAAUUAGGGACUGCA